GUGUGUACUGGGGUUCCGACGUUUCCGCUUCCAGGGCGGCGGCGGUGGGGACGGCGGCGGUAGGAAUAUCGGCAGCGGCAAGGAGCCGUGGCGGUGUUUGGUUUUGGUGUCUCCCCGGGAGAGUCGGGGGGAGAGCCGUAACGCCGGGAGUUUGAACUCAGGUGGAAACUGGAGGUGGACAUACAGCAAUAUUGUGGCUUCUUUGCAAGGAAGACCUCAGCACCCUUUCCCCCCAGCAAGGGCCAUCCUGAAGGGGGAUUUAGGUUUGGGGUGAUUCAUCUGCAAGAGCAGCAGUCUGUAAUUUUCCUCAGCUUUUAACAAGGCUGGGGAAACUUGCUGCACUCCAUUCUGGACUCUCCGACUCCAGAAAGAUGUCAACAAAGUGGAAGGUAUUGGACGGGACCGGCGCAGAAACGAUUUACUGAAAAAUCUUUGUAGUCGUAAAAUUCUUUCCUGAGCAAGAAAGAGAGAAAAAGCGUAAGGACUUGGCGUAAUCUUCGUGUUGAGGACUGUCAGACUAACGCGAUGGCUCAGGCGAGCCUCCUGGCCUGCGAGGGACUCUCUGGUGUUUGCCUGGUGCCAACAGUUGCCAGCAAGAAGAUGAUGCCGAAGCAAAGCUCUAAGCAGGUGGAGAACGGGGAGAGAGGGGGUGCACCGGACAUGCUGGGUCAUCGCAAGGAGAGCGAGAAAUCACGUAGUCGGAAGGAAGAGGAAACAGCAGAAGGGUCUCCUCCUAAAAAAUCCCUUAAAAAGGUCAUGGUGAUCGAGCAGAAUGGAUCCUUCCAGGUCCGGAUUCCCAAGAAUUUUAUUUGCGAGCACUGUUUUGGAGCAUUCCGGAGCAGUUACCACCUCAAGAGACAUAUCCUUAUUCAUACUGGAGAGAAGCCUUUUGAGUGCGACGUGUGUGACAUGCGCUUCAUCCAGAAGUACCAUCUGGAGCGCCAUAAACGUGUCCACAGUGGAGAGAAGCCAUAUCAGUGCGAACGCUGCCUGCAGAGCUUCUCCAGGACAGACCGGUUGCUGAGACACAAACGAAUGUGCCAGGGCUGCCCCAGCAAAUCAUCUGACUCCCAGCUACUGCUUUAGGGUUGGGCCGGAGAAGAGGCUUUUAAGAAGUUGCUUGGAAUUCCACCAGAUGCUCUGGGAGUGGGCUUGUUCACCUGCUUGUGUUUUGUGCCCAAGUUUACCUGCUGAGCCUACUCCUGCAGAAGGGGCAGAGCUGAGUAGGCACAGACAUCAACUAUGGUCUUGACACUGUAAAUACAUGGAGGACAAAGCAGGGCUGGCUCCCAGCCAUUGGGAAGCUCACUGCAGUUGUGGAUAAACAUAGUGGCGGGGGGUGCGCUUUCUGUUUCUGUUUUAGGGUUUUGUUUUGGUUUUUUAAAUGAUCACCAUUUGCCUCAGGAAGGCUUUGAAAGCAUUGUGGGGCCUUCUGCGAGCCAUUCCGACCAGAUCCGGUGCUUUCCGUUAACAGAUGAUCUGCCAGCUGGCCUGAUAUUUGGGCCUGCAAAAAGUGGGAGAACAACAGGCAAAUGUUUUAUGAGAAACAGUGAUCACCACCAGUCAAGCAGUGAACUAUUUUGCGGAGCUGAUCCACACCAGGAACGGAUUAGCAGCGGCAGGACACUGAGACCUAAGGAUCACAGGAGUCUGUCUCAUUUACCUUAGGCCAUAAGGCCUACGGGAUUCCCCCCCCCCCUUUUCUGUGCUAUUCUCUUAACAGUGAUUUGUGAUCUUGACUUUCAGGUUUCAAGAAACAAGGGCUGCAGAAGGGGACAAAUGAUGUUGGGUCAACAUAGAAGUCUACCUUAGAUGUGUCCCAUUUAUCAAGAUCCAGUUGAUAUUCAGCUGGAUGGAAGGCUCUGUUUUCCUCCCAGGAGAGGAGGAUAACUUGCGUGGUCCCAUCGCUUUCCCUUGUAAAUAGCCAUCCAUUCAGGACCUACCUGUUACAUGUCCCUUCACACGGAAUCCAGAGCUUUCUUAGGUGGCAAUCCUGUUUUCCUAAAUACAUGAAAAGCCAGCUCUAGCCCAAGGGCGCUGAUCUCCUAAGCCUGACACUGAAGAACUGCAGUCUCUUGUGGGGAAGAAUGGGGGAGGGACUUUGGCCUCAUGAUACGCCUCUUGGAAUAAAAAUACUCAAGGACUAAAGAUCAGCAUUCCCACGCACCAUGAAUUCUGAUUGCUCCUGGUCUGCUUCAUUGAAGUUUGAAAAAGAGGCUUGUUGCCAAUAUGCAAAUUUUUAUAUGUGCUAUUAUUUCAGCUUGGUUGCAAGAGGCAGCGGCAAGUUUGCAAGGGAAGCCAGGAACCCUCCCAAGUCUCAUCCGUCACUGUCGCAUUUACAGUGGUGUUUCUAGAGGGCAAGUAAUGAUUUGUCUCUGAGUCUGGAAUUUACAUGUUAGGAACAAGCACCUCCAUCUGAACGAUAGAAACAAAUCUCAUUUGUGCUUCAAUAUAUCUCCCCCCUCUGAGUUUGCUAUAAGCACCUUACUGUAAGCCAGGUUUUAACCAAGGGCUGUGUUGGUAGAGAAUUAGUGGUCUUUGGUCAUGCGUUCAUUCUUGAGGGGCUGCAUUUCUGCCUAUGCAACUAGAAAUGUUUUAUAAACAGAGACAGGGUUCUUUAGAUGAGUGUUUUUCAGACUUUACAACUUUAAAAGGUGUGAGCUUCUUAACGCCUAGAUGUGGGAGCUGAUCUUAAAAAUAGUCAAAUUUGAAAAAUCACUGCUUUAGUUCAAAAUUGUUGUGCCCCCCCCCCCCCUUCAACCACUUAAGAGGUUCCAGUGUACUAGCAAAAGGCAUUGUUCUUUUGAUCAUCUUGCUGCCUCGGGAUCAUGGGAAUUGUAGUCCAACAAAUCUGAAGUACAUUAGCUUGGGGAAUGUUACUGUAGAGGGGAAUCAUAUUUUUUUAAAAUAAAAGAGCUCUUUCAUUUCCUUCCCCUUGUUCGUUGGAAGACGCAAGUUUAUUCCCAGCCUUGUUACAUUUCUAAAAUUAACACCAACUUCUAGUCUGACGUUUAUGGGAAUGAUUAGGACACCCCAAACUCUAGGAGGUUUGUUUCAAUUUUAGUGGACUGAUAAAAUGGCUGCUCUUUAGAAACAAUAUACCACCAUAAUGUCUUUCAGUUUACUGAGGACUGUUUUUC